AUGUCGUUAUCCCAUGCGUCGCUUUUACUCCGGGCAAGCACUAUUCACACGCAGACCAAAACAAACGAGACUCACAAGGCCAUUGCCAUCAAUGGGGACCGUAUUAUAGCAGUUUCAACAGACUACCAUGGCUUAGACGCAUACGUUGGGCCACAUACUCGCGUCAUCGACGAGCCUGGGAGUACCAUACUGCCUUCCUUCGACGAUACCCAUACCCAUCUUAUGUUUGCUGCAAUGAGCCAGUUCGAUGUUCCCGUUCAUUUGGCCCAGAACAUACCUACCAUGCUCGAUAUGCUGCGUUCUCGUGCGGCCAAUACUCCUGCUGGUGAAUGGAUCACAACUACAGCAAACUGGCAAGAGUACAAUCUCAGGGAACAGCGAUUCCCGACACUGCAAGAGCUUGAUGGUGUGUCCACAGCGCAUCCCAUCCUUGUUAAGCGCGGCGGUCACAAUAUGGUUGCCAAUUCUGUUGUGCUAAAGUUAGCUGGCAUUACAACCGAGUCAGAGCCGCCAGAAGGAGGCGUUAUUAGCCGCAACAAAGAUGGAAGCCUCAACGGGCUGUUGCAGGAUAAUGCACUCGCACCCAUUUUCAAAAUAUCGCCACACCCUAGCCUCCAAGGGUCUGUGGCUGGUAUUGAAGCUGCUUCAAAGUCGUACGCCGCGACAGGAAUUGGCUGCGUUCGUGAUUGCGCUGUAUUCGCGAACCAAAUGAAGAUGCUCAAGGUAGCCCGCGACCAAGAGAAACUACAUGUGCGAAUGCGGGUACUAAUUGCGGCGCUUGGUAUGACCUCUGUCGCCGAGAUUGAGCGUCUUAUGGAUGAGAUUGAACAAUGGCGGAGCCUCGACUCGGAUAUGUGGCUACGAGUCUGGGGAGUCAAGCUUGGCAUUGAUGGUGGAAUCGAGGCCAGCGCCACCGAGGAUCCCUACGUCGCCCGACCAGAUCAUGGCUGCUGCGGUCCUACUGACUUUUGCGGUACCUUGACCUGGGAUCCUGACCUUCUUGUUGAAGCAAUGGGAGUGGUUCUCCGACGAGGCUGGAGAAUUGGUACUCAUGCAGUUGGAGACCGAGCCGUCCGAGUUCUUCUCGAUGUAUAUGAGCGAUUACUACGGAUGUACCCGGAACUGCCUCCUGGGUCCCUAGUCAUGGAGCAUGGAGGUCUUGCAACCGCUGAGCAACGGGCUCGUGCUGUGCGACUCGGAAUCCCAGUCACGGUCCAACAUCCUUUGUUACAUGAUGCCGCUGGUAUUCAAAGCGAGUAUUUAGGAAAAGAACGAGAGAGCCACCUUUUUCCUGUUCGCCAGUGGAUAGAUGAUGGUGCACAGGUUUCUGCCGGUUCGGAUUAUCCGGUUGGUACCUACGGCGCAAUGCACUCAGUCUGGGGUCUCACCACGCGUCAGACUGUCCUGGGUGUCCUGGGCCCGGAACAUGCAAUUUCUGUCCAGGAAGCCAUUGAUCUGCACACCAAGAAUGCAGCAAAACUGACAAAGGAGGACGAGUAUCGGGGCUGCAUUCUCCCAAACUUUCUUGCUGACCUGACUAUCUGGCCGCAUGACCCCCUUAUCGCACAGACGAAAAGUCUCUCUGCUCUUCUACCAAAGUACACAAUUGUUGGAGGCAAGAUCGUAUAUGAACAGGGGACCUAA